AUGGUGCUCGCUCUGCCCCUGGUGUUCAGUUGUGUGCACACUUCCCAGUCCUGCCGACACGGUGUCCAGGCAUUCCGCUCACUGCGUCCCUUCGCGGCCACGCCGGCAUCCUUAGCAAAUUCAAAAUUCAGUUCCGUUCUUAACCCUCGGAAUGUCAGGUGCGCUGCGGGGUGCGACCCUGCCUGGCAUAGUUUUUGGCAUAGAUCUUGGCAACUCCAAGCCUCCACCGCCGCCCUCCCCCUCAGAACACCCGGGAUCCCCGUGCUGAGACUUAGGCCGGGCAGGAGCGGCCUCGUUCGUGCUGCCUGGGGGGCAGAUGUCGAGUUCCAUCCCGCCAAGGUCACGAGCAACAAGGAGGAAGCACUGAAGCAACACAGGCUGGUCAUUGAAGUGGGCAAGCUGGCGGCCGAGUACUCUACACCGGGGCAGUUUGUGCAGGCCAAGCGCCGGGCCGAGGACAAGGCUGGCUUCUUCGCCAUCGCCUCCCCGCCGGAUCUGGAUUCGGGGCGCCUGGAGCUCCUGCUGAAGGCCUCGGGCGCGACUGCCGAGGAUCUGUGCGCCUUGAAACCGGGCGAGGAGGUUCUGGUGAGCAAGCCCAUGGGCAAGGGCUUCCGGAUUGACACCAUCCCAGUGGAGCAGUACCCAUCGAUCCUGCUCUUUGCCACGGGAUCAGGCAUCUCCCCCAUCAAGGCGCUCAUAGAGUCGGGGGCGCUGGCCGGCCGGAGGAGUGUCCGGCUGUACUACGGGACGCGCACUCCCGAGCACAUGGCCUUUGCCCAGAGCAUCGAGGCCUGGAGCAGCGAGCACGGCGUCACCGUGCUCCCCGUCUUCUCCUCCUCCUCCGACGGCUACGUGCAGGAUGCCUUUGCCAGGGACGAGAAUGUGGACCCAAACAGCUCUGGCGGCACCGCCGCUGUCCUGUGCGGGCAAAAGGAGAUGACCGUGGAACUGACGGCGCUGCUGAAGGAGCGGGGCGUGGACGCCAUCCUGCUCAACUUCUGA